AAGGGGCAGAAAUGGCGGCUCCGCUCGGCUCCCGCUGAGGAGGGCGAAGCCGGUGGAGGGUCUGAGCUGUCGGCUUGGAGCAUCGCUCCCGCUUCCCGCUUUCUGCCUUCUCACGCCUACUUCUCUUCUUGUGCCCUACUCUCGCCUGUCCUCGUCUACGCUCCGCAGAGUCCGGGUCGGCUCGUCUCUCCCGGCCCGGCUCCACUGGCCCUGACUGCCCGACCGGCGGGCCGGCCUUCCUUGGCUCUCCCGGGCGCGGCGGGCGCGGUGUGGACCUCGUCCUCCUGGCUGGACCAUGGUGAACACCCGGAAGAGCUCUCUGCGUCUUCUCGGGUCCAAGUCGCCUGGGCCCGGGCCUGGGCCUGGGGCCGGAGCGGAGCCUGGGGCGACCGGAGGCAGCAGCCAUUUCAUCUCCUCUCGGACCCGCUCCUCCAAGACCCGCGCUGCCAGCUGCCCCGGCGCCAAGGCCGGGGGAAGCGGUGGCGCCGGCGUCGCUCUGGAAGAGGCCCGGAAAGCUGAAGUUGAUGGUAGUUUAAGUGAUAGCCACGUGUCUCCUCCAGCCAAACGCACUUUGAAACAACCUGAUUCUGUUUGCAAAGACAAAUCAAAAUCACGAGGUACUGGUCAGCGAGAGGAAUGGAACAUAUCAACUGGACAGGCCAGGUUAACUUCUCAGCCUGGUGCUACAUUACCAAACGGACAUAGUAGCUUAUCCCUUCGAAGCCAUCCCCUUCGAGGGGAAAAAAAGGGAGAUGGGGACCUUUCUUGUAUAAAUGGUGACAUGGAAGUCAGAAAAAGUUGUCGUUCCAGGAAAAACAGAUUUGAAAGCGUGAACCAGAGUUUGUUAUUUGAUCAACUAGUAAAUAGUACUGCUGAAGCUGUACUACAGGAAAUGGACAACAUUAAUAUCAGACGGAAUCGUCGGUCAGGAGAAGUAGAGCGACUUAGAAUGUGGACAGAUACAGAAUUUGAAAACAUGGAUAUGUAUUCAAGAGUGAAAAGGCGAAGAAAAUCACUGAGAAGAAAUAGUUAUGGGAUACAGAAUCAUCAUGAGGUCUCUACUGAGGGUGAAGAAGAAGCUAGAGCCUCUAUAUUGCUUCCUUUGGAGAAAAUCAGUAUAGAAUCUCAAGAGGAGGAUGGAGAUAUAGAAGUUGAAGAGGCAGAAGGAGAAGAAAAUGAUAGACCGUAUAAUUUGAGACAAAGGAAAACAGUGGAUCGAUACCAAGCACCUCCAAUAGUACCAGCUCAUCAAAAAAAGAGGGAAAACACACUGUUUGAUAUUCACAGAUCUCCAGCAAGAAGAAGCCAUAUCAGGAGAAAGAAGCAUGCCAUUCAUAGUAGUGACACAACUUCUUCUGAUGAAGAACGCUUUGAAAGAAGGAAAUCAAAAAGUAUGGCAAGAGCAAGAAAUAGAUGUUUACCUAUGAACUUCAGAGCAGAAGAUUUAGCUAGUGGUAUUCUCCGAGAACGUGUCAAAGUGGGCGCAAGCUUGGCUGAUGUUGAUCCAAUGAACAUUGAUAAAUCAGUGCGGUUUGAUAGCAUAGGUGGAUUGAGCCAUCAUAUUCAUGCACUAAAGGAAAUGGUGGUAUUCCCACUUCUUUAUCCAGAAAUUUUUGAAAAAUUUAAGAUCCAGCCUCCAAGGGGCUGUUUGUUCUAUGGCCCUCCUGGUACAGGUAAAACCUUGGUCGCCAGAGCACUAGCUAACGAGUGCAGUCAAGGAGACAAAAAGGUGGCUUUUUUUAUGCGAAAAGGAGCAGACUGUCUGAGCAAGUGGGUUGGUGAAUCUGAACGGCAACUUAGGCUUCUUUUUGAUCAGGCAUAUUUGAUGAGACCUUCUAUAAUAUUUUUUGAUGAAAUAGAUGGAUUAGCUCCAGUUCGCUCCAGCAGACAAGAUCAGAUCCACAGCUCUAUAGUGUCAACCCUCCUUGCUCUUAUGGAUGGAUUAGAUAAUAGAGGUGAAAUUGUUGUUAUUGGUGCUACAAACAGACUUGAUUCUAUAGAUCCUGCUCUUAGGAGGCCGGGUCGUUUUGACAGAGAAUUCCUUUUCAACCUGCCUGAUCAAAAGGCAAGAAAACACAUUUUACAAAUCCACACCAGGGACUGGAAUCCAAAAUUGUCAGAUGCUUUUUUAGGUGAAUUGGCUGAAAAAUGUGUUGGCUAUUGUGGAGCUGAUAUCAAGGCCCUGUGCACUGAAGCUGCCCUGAUUGCCCUGCGGAGGCGGUACCCCCAGAUCUAUGCUAGCAGUCAUAAACUGCAGCUAGAUGUUUCCUCAAUAGUGCUCAAUGCCCAAGAUUUUUACCAUGCAAUGCAGAAUAUUGUGCCUGCUUCCCAGCGUGCCGUCAUGUCUUCGGGACAUGCACUAUCCCCCAUCAUAAAACCACUGCUGGAAAGAAGCUUCAACAACAUCCUAGCAGUCUUGCAAAAAGUGUUUCCUCAUGCUGAAAUUAGCCAGAGUGACAAGAAAGAAGAUAUAGAAACUCUCAUUUUAGAUGAUAGUGAAGAUGAGAAUGCUUUAUCAAUUUUUGAGACUAGUUGUCACUCAGGAUCACCAAAGAAACAGUCAUCAGCUGCUGCUGUACAUAAACCCUACCUUCAUUUUACAAUGUCACCAUAUCAUCAGCCAACCUCUUACAGGCCAAGAUUAUUGCUGUCUGGAGAACGAGGUUCAGGUCAAACUUCUCACCUUGCUCCAGCACUUUUGCACACUCUAGAAAAAUUCUCUGUGCACAGACUAGAUCUCCCAGCACUUUAUUCAGUUAGUGCCAAAACACCUGAAGAAUCAUGUGCACAGAUUUUUCGUGAAGCUCGAAGAACAGUACCUAGUAUUGUUUACAUGCCUCACAUUGGUGAUUGGUGGGAAGCUGUCAGUGAAACUGUGAGAGCAACUUUUCUGACAUUGCUACAAGAUAUACCAUCAUUUUCACCUAUAUUUUUAUUGUCUACCUCUGAAACCAUGUACAGUGAACUGCCUGAAGAGGUUAAAUGUAUCUUUAGAAUACAGUAUGAAGAGGUCUUGUAUAUUCAAAGGCCUAUUGAAGAAGACAGAAGAAAAUUUUUCCAAGAAUUGAUUCUCAAUCAGGCAUCAAUGGCUCCACCACGGAGGAAACACACUGGUCUUUGUGCUAUGGAAGUGCUUCCCCUUGCACUACCUUCUCCACCUCGUCAAUUAUCAGAAUCAGAAAAAAAUCGGAUGGAGGAUCAGGAGGAAAAUACUUUAAGAGAGUUGCGGUUGUUUCUCAGGGAUGUAACCAAGAGGCUGGCCACAGAUAAACGCUUUAACAUCUUCAGCAAACCGGUUUCAGAUUAUCUUGAAGUAAUCAAGGAACCAAUGGAUUUAUCAACAGUAAUAACUAAAAUUGAUAAGCAUAAUUACCUGACUGCUAAGGAUUUUCUGAAAGAUAUUGACCUCAUCUGUAGCAAUGCUCUAGAGUACAAUCCAGAUAAGGACCCAGGAGAUAAAAUAAUUAGGCACAGGGCUUGUACCCUGAAGGACACUGCACAUGCCAUCAUCGCAGCGGAACUGGAUCCAGAAUUUAAUAAACUCUGUGAAGAAAUUAAGGAAGCAAGAAUAAAAAGAGGCUUAUCAGUAACAGCAGAACAAAUAAAUCCUCAUGGCACUGGAGCUCGGAAGACUGAAACUAGAGUUGAAGAGGCAUUUCGGCACAAACAAAGAAAUCCAUUGGAUGUCUGGCACAACUCUGCAAAUAAAUGUGCAUUUCGAGUUCGGAGAAAAUCAAGGCGGCGAUCACAGUGGGGUAAAGGAAUUAUUAAGAAAAGGAAAGUCAAUAAUUUAAAAAAAGAUGAAGAGGACACUAAAUUUGCAGACUACGAGAACCAUACGGAGGACAGGAAGUUGCUAGAGAAUGGAGAGUUUGAGGUAAGCACUGACUGCCAUGAAGAAAAUGGCGAAGAGACUGGAGACCUCUCUAUGACCAAUGACGAAUCAUCGUGUGACAUCAUGGACAUGGACCAGGGGCAGAGGCUUAACAGUGAAGCGGGCACGAAGGAGAACUUUGCAUCUACUGAAGAGGAAAGUUCCAAUGAGUCUCUGCUUGUCAACAGCAGCGGUUCUCUCAAUCCAGAACAGACAUCUAGGAAAGAGCCUUUCCUUAAAGGAAGCUGUCUAAAUGGUGAGGCCUCCACUGACAGUUUUGAAGGAAUACCAGUUCUGGAGUGUCAGAAUGGCAAAGCUGAAGUAGUUUCUUUCUGUGGUAGUGGAGACAAAGGUAGUUCUGAACAAAAGAUUGUCCCGGAGGACCAGUCAAAAGAAAAACCAGAAACUUCAAAUGAACAUCAUGGAGAUGAUCCUGAGAAACUAGAGGCCCUGGAAUGUAGCAGUAAUGAGAAGUUAGAACCCAGCCCCGAAGUGGAGGUUAAAGAUGCAGAACUGGAUAAAGAAGGUGCUUCUAAAGUAAAGAAAUACCGUAAGUUAAUUUUAGAGCAGGCAAAAACAACAAGCCUGGAACUGGUUCCAGAAGAGCCCUCUGAGCCUGUGCCACCCCUUAUAGUUGAUCACGAGAGAUUGAAGAAAUUGCUUGAUUUGUUGGUAGAUAAAAGCAACAAUCUGGCAGUUGAUCAACUUGAGAGAUUAUAUUCUCUUCUUAGUCAGUGCAUCUAUCGUCAUCGUAAAGAUUAUGACAAAUCACAACUUGUAGAGGAGAUGGAAAGAACAGUUCAUAUGUUUGAGACAUUCCUAUGAACUUUUCAAGAUGAGUGGUUUAUCCUCUCCAAUCUGCUCCUGACAGAGCAGUCUUCUGAGCCAUUCAAUUUCAAAUUGCACCAAUUAUGUGCAGAGCCUUGGUGUAAAGUGCUCUCUCACUCAUUCUUUCUCUCUGUUGAAUUUGGUGCUAUUGUCUCAGGUACCUGAAACCAACCAGCCUACAAGAACCAAACAGAACUUCAGAAACACGUUGUAUUUUCCACAAAUAAAAAAUACAACCCCACAGAUUGGAGAUUUUGGUGCUACAGAAACUGCUCUCACUUCUGCUCCUCUUUUCGUGCACUCUCUUUUGGAGACUUCUCUCUUAGGGAGCAGACCAGCAAACACGAGGAAACUGGAUGGGGCAGUUCUAACUGUGUUGAAUUGUUUAAACAGUGGGCAGCCUGUUUUGUUUGUGUUUUGUUUUGUUUUUCUCCUUUCUACUCCUUUAAGCAUAUUUGUUUUUAUUUUUUCCUCUGGGUAAUGGACUGAAACCUGUUUUAGAGUUGGCUAUGGUAUAUUCUGGUGGGAAACUGAAGAAACUGGAUGAAAUUAGAUUAGGCUCUUUAGAACUGCCUUUAAUGUGCCUUUUAAUUCAUUUGAGAAAGAUAAGGCUAAACAAAAGAAUGGGCUUGUUUGUAGCAAAUGAAUUAGAAUGUCUGUUUGGUCAGAACCUUGAAAAUAAGUUUUGGUACUCUGUGUCAUUAAGAGGCAACCAGUGUUUGGUAUAAAAUGCCUAUCUUGUUUUCAGAACUCAAUCAAGACAGUCAUUAAGCCACACGAUAUACUAAAAUGGUAAGUUUUCCUGUAUGGUCUGUUUCUGUUUAAGAAACACAUAAUAAAACAACAACAACAACAAAUAAUACACAGUCCACCAAAAAACUUACACACUUUACAGUAUUGCUGACAAUGAUGACUAGAAAUUAGAUAGAUGGGGACAUUCUUUUC